AUGGCUGCUCAGAUUACGGACAGCCCCAAGUUUGAGGGAUGGUAUAUUCAUCCCGAUGGCACCACCGAAGCCUUGACCUGCCCCCAAGGCACGUUUACGGGAUCAGGCAAAUUCGCCGCGUGCUGCGGCCAGUCCAAGUGCGCGAUCGCCACAACCUGCAAGGACAACAAGCUGACCUACGACAACUUUGCCAUCGGAUCAUGCCCGGGGUCCGCCGUGUGCCAGACCAUGUCCGUCAUGGCGGCCCCCGGCGCCACGGACGUGACCUCGAGCAUCUUUUGCGCCCAGUACUGGUACGCCAUUGAGGCCUACCGCGACACCGUGCCCGUCACCACGGCCUCGGCAACCACGACGAGCAGCAGCAGCAGCAGCAGCAGCAGCAGCACGUCGGCCUCGACCGGCAGCACCCCGACGAGCAACACGGCCAGCUCGACGACGGAUCCGAGCAGCAGCACCUCACCGCUGGGCACCACGGCCCCGACACGACCAGCUGCCUCGCCCGACCCAUCCACCGGAGGCAGCGCCAGCAAGGCCUGGAUUGCCGGCGCCGUCGUGGGGGCGCUCGCGGCGCUUGCGCUGCUCGCGUUCGCCAUCUGGUUCCUGCGCCGGCGCGCGCAGAAGAAGAGGCUGGCCGCGGCGGCCAACGCGCCCCAGGAAAUCGGCGGCUACGAGCGGCCCGCUGACGGCAACUGGCAGAACAAGCAGUACUUUGGCGCCUCGCAUCCCAAGUCGGAAUCCACCUCGGCGGGCUACUAUGCGCCCGUGCAGCAGAACCAGGUGCAUGAGCUCCCCGGUGGCGAGCAGGUCGGGCAGGUCGGGCAGAGCGAGCCGAGGGUCCAGGGCGAGCAGAGGGGGUGA